AUGGCUUUCUACCGCGGCAUGGGUGGCCCUCAGCAUAUGAUGCCGCCGCCGCCGCCGCAGCCGAGGCCAUGGAGCAAGGCGGAGGACAAGGUGUUCGAGGCCGCGCUGGUGACGUUCCCGGAGAACGUCCCGAACCGGUGGCUGUACGUGGCGGCGCAGCUGCCGGGGCGCACGCCGCAGGAGGCCUGGGAGCACUACCAGGCGCUCGUGGCCGACAUCGACCUCAUCGAGCGCGGCCUGGUCGAGGCCCCCGACUCCUGGGACGAGGACUCUGCUGCCGGCGGCGGUGGCGGCGGACGCGGCCGCGGAAGCGGGGGAUCCGAGGAGCGCCGCCGAGGCGUGCCCUGGAGCGAGGAGGAGCACAGGCUGUUCCUGGAAGGGCUGGAGAGGUACGGACGCGGCGACUGGAGGAACAUCUCGCGGUGGUCGGUGAAGACGAGGACGCCGACGCAGGUGGCCAGCCACGCGCAGAAGUACUUCAUCCGUCAGGCCAGCGCCGCCAGCCGCGGCGACACCAAGCGCAAGAGCAUCCACGACAUCACCACCGCCUGAUUCCCUCGUGGUCAAUAUCAAGAAUCCGGUCCGGCCCAAGCUGAGCUGAAACCCGCCGUCGUCCUCGCCGUCUGUUCUGUCGGCCGUAGCACAGUUCGAUGCAGGGGAGAAGCUUUGCUUGGUUGGAUUCUGCGAUUCGGAAGAUCUAGCUGUAUGGUCGAAUAAUGGUGUCCUUUGUCGUGUGUGAAAUGUUAAGGAAGAAACAGAGACCGGAAAGGAUUACAGCAUAAAUCCGCCGUUCUUGGUUUCUACUCUUUUUUCUUAUAGACCGAGUCGAUGACAGUGGCAUGGCUUUUCACAUGCCGUUCUCAUCCUAUCUGAUUUUCAAAUACAUAUGUCCUAGUGACAAGUGUCCUUUA